CACACCACAACACCGUUCCCCCAGCCGUAUCCCUCCGUCACGGUUCAUCUGCAGACCGAGCCGCGCUUUAUAGAUUCCUUCAGCCCUAGCUACACUCCGGCUUUUCACUCCACACGACCCCAUCCUGCGCGCGCGCACCGUUCCCUGUCCGGCUGAUGGCAUGCUCGUUGCCGCCGCGGCACGCGACCUUCUCCAGAUAACACGCACGCCAGCCGGCGCAUCUGCCGACAAGGAUUCUUCAACCUCGCAUCCCCAAUCGUCAUACCAGCCAUGGCUUUCAACUUCAACUGGUCGCCGUUGAUAGCAGACACCUCGCGUGCCCGCGAGAUGCUGACGGCGGCGCUGAACAAAUCGCCGAAACCUCCGAUCAUUGUUGACGACAUCAUCGUCACCGAACUGAACCUGGGCGCCGUGCCCCCGGAGCUCGAGAUACUGGAGAUUGGAGACCUCGCCGAGGACCGAUUCCGUGGCAUCUUCAAGAUGCAAUACUCCGGAGACGCCUUCCUAACGCUGAAAACCCGCGUGCAAGCAAAUCCUCUAAACACCCUUCUUUCCACCAAACCUUCCUUCGCAUCACCGCAACCUCUCGCUGCCUCCGCCGGCCUGACGAUUCCGUUACAAAUAACACUUUCCGAUAUUCGUUUGUCCGGUUUCGUCAUACUGGUUUUCUCGAAGAACAAGGGUCUUACCCUGGUCUUCCGGAACGAUCCGCUGGAGUCGUUGAAGGUUUCAUCUACAUUUGAUUCGAUACCGUUCGUUCGGGACUAUCUGCAAAAGGAAAUCGAGAAGCAAUUGCGAGUGUUAUUCAUGGAGGAUCUUCCGGCGAUCCUUCAUCGCCUCUCACUUCGACUUUGGUCACCAGAAUACCAGGAGAUGGACGAAAAGGUUGUCGCAAACGCGACAAGGAGUGGAACAGAUUCCCCUGCGCCGGUGGACCCAUUCGCAAGUCCACCGCAGGAUCCGGUCGAUGCGUUCGGCAACCUUCUUGACGAUAAUCAGAUCUCCUCCUUCUCCUUGGACCCCCCUUCCGAAAACCACGCAUCGUUCUCGCAGAAGAACCUAUUGCGUCUUGCUGCAUUGACAGACUCGCACCGCACCCUUUCCCUCUUCACUCCGUCGAUUCGCGAUGCGGUAUUCCGUGCCUGGGCUGGGGCUGCCGACCGUGUUGAAACUACCGGUACACACACCUCUCCGCUUACCCUGUCGACUCUUUCUCGCAUUCAUUCAUCCUCGGGUCUUGCAACGCCAGCGACAUACAGCGUUUCAGAUGGCACGGACAAUGGCAGCACUUUGUCGAGACCCACUUUCGCUAGUUCCAGCUCCACAUAUGGAAUGAACUUGGGAGCUGGCAGGUCUCGCACAGGCGCUCAGCGGAGACCCAAGCGAAGAGUAGUCAACCUGCGCAAGGACAAGACUGAAUCUGAUGCGGCGAGUGUCACUACGGACACUACGACGCCUGAACCGAGUGUUCAGCCCUCGGAGACUUCAUCCAUCCUUCACGAGGCGAAGGAAGAGGAGCUCGCGACACCGCCGAUGUCUCCUCGUGGCGUGAAAAUUGAGAUGCGUGGACGCCGCAGCAGCGUUGACGAACGUCCGGCAGUUACACCUAUCGAGGUGUCGAGGAAAUCAGCAAUGUCACCUUCGGCGGCCAUCCAUCAACUCCGUGAUUCUAAGGAAUCUUCCCGCUCUCCUACAAAAACAUCUUUUGGUGAUAAUUCAUAUUUCAACCACGCCGCCACAAGUUCCGCCCCGCCUUUCCGCACCUAUUCCAUGGACAAGAUGUCCUUUGCUCAUCAAACCGCAUCCCCCUCGGGCCACCGCCUGGCGGGCUCGCCGCUUCCGUACAAUGAGGCGGCGUCGUCCGGUGGCAUACUCGAGAAGGCGUGGAUGAGGAAGAUGGCGACGGAGAUUGCCAGGAAGGUCCAAGACGAGAAGGAGCGUGAGAGCCGGCGCAACAGCGGCGUGGCAGGCGCUUCGGCGGCUAGUUUCUGGGACAGGCAGGAGGAGGAUAUGGACGCGCCUCCGGCCUACGCUGCGUAAGCAAACCCCAGUUGGAUCAAAAUUGUCCAUUUUCACGAGGUUACGAUUGCUUUACUGUAGUCUUUCGUUUGUAUUUCUAGUGUGCACUAAGCGUGUAGCGGGCGGCUUGUUUUGCAUUUCCUUUCUUUUCUUUCUACCUACAAAAGUUUGGGGAGCGAUUCCCUUGGGCGGGGCUUUUUUUUUCUUGACCAUUGUUAUUUGAUACCCUCUUUCUUUGGAGGCAUUGGGCUUUUGGAGGGUAGGUAGCAAGCGAGCAAAGACAUUCUUUUUCGCUA